UGUGCGCCCUGGCCGAGCCCUCUGAAAUGCGUAAGUGAAGCAUCGUCCAAACAGCAAAUCUAUUGUCCACCGAACUUACAAUAAAAUCCUAGUCCCUCUAUCCACGGCUAAUCAGAGCACCAAAGAGGGGACAAUGGCAGUUUUGGAGGAAGAAUCUUCAUCAUCAUCGAAACCAGGGGUGGUUAAUCACGGUAAUAACAAAUCACAAUCAUCCUCAAACAGUAACUCCGCUGCUUGUUAUUUGGCCAAAACAGUCCUCACGAGCAGCGUCGUUCUUCAAGUCGUCCGCGGCCACUUCCGCUCCUCUUCGUCCUCCGAUGUCAUUUUCGGAAAGGAGACAUCCAUAGAGAUGGUGAUAAUUGACAAUGAUGGGAUUGUUCAAUCUAUUUCUGAGCAACCUGUGUUUGGCAUUAUAAAAGAUCUUGCUGUUCUCCCGUGGAACAAGAGGUUUCAAGCACAAAGUCCAAAGUUGCUGGGGAAGGAUAUAUUGGUAGUCCUUUCUGAUUCAGGGAAGCUAUCAUUUCUCUCCUUUUGCAACGAAAUGCACAGGUUUUUCCCAUUGACACACUUUCAACUUUCCUCUCCUGGAAACUCAAGAUAUCAACUUGGAAGGAUGUUAGCUGUUGAUUCCAGUGGCUGUUAUGUUGCUGCUAGUGCAUAUGAAGACAGGUUGGCUAUUUUCUCGAUCUCAAUGUCUGCCAGUGGCGAUAUCAUUGAUAAGAGGAUCUUUUGUCCUCCUGAAAAUGAAGGCAGCUUGACAACUGCUAGUGGUUUUACUAAUAUUUCUGGUACCAUAUGGAGCAUGUGCUUCAUCUCAAAAGAUUGCCAUCAAUUAAGUGAAGAGCACAACCCUGUGUUAGCCAUUCUUUUGAAUAGGAGGGGAUCUUUUUACCGGAAUGAGCUUUUGUUAUUGGAAUGGAAUAUUGUCAAACAAGCCGUCCAUGUAAUAUAUCAGUUUGCUGAAGCUGGACCCCUAGCUCAUCAUAUAGUUGAAGUCCCUAAUUCUCAUGGAUGUGCCUUCCUGUUCAGGGCUGGCGAUGCUCUCUUAAUGGAUUUUAGGGAUGUUCGUAACCCUUGUUGUGUUUAUAAAACAAGCUUGAAUUUUACACCUCCUUUAGCGGAGGAACUGAGUUUUGUAGAGGACACUAUUGGAAUACCUGAUAUUAUGGAUGAAGAAGGAAUCUAUAGUGUUGCUGCCUCAGCCUUGUUGGAGCUUAGUGACAUGAAUAAAAAUGAUGAUCCCAUGAACAUUGAUGAUUAUAGCACAAAACCAGGUUCCAAUUAUGUCUGCUCGUGGAGUUGGGAGCCUGGUAACUUAACUAACCCUAGGAUGAUUUUUAGUGCAGAUACUGGAGAACUCUACAUGAUUCAAGUUUUUUUGGAGUCUGAUGACCUUAGAGUAAACCUAUCUGAUUGUCUUUACAAAGGCCCACCAUCUAAAGCCCUGUUAUGGGUUGAGGGUGGGUUUUUGGCAGCAGUUGUUGACAUGGCUGAUGGAAUGGUCUUAAAAUUGGAGGAUGGAUUACUACAGUACAGAGGUCCAAUUCAAAGCGUUGCACCAAUCUUGGAUAUUUCAGUUGUUGAUCACCCUGAUGAAAACCAUGAUCAAAUAUUUGCUUGCUCUGGGAUGGCACCCGAGGGGACGUUACGAGUCAUUCGAAAUGGUAUCAGUGUGGAGAAGUUAUUGAAAACUAGUCCUAUUUAUCAUUGUGUAACUGGUACUUGGACAGUUAAAAUGAAAGUUUCUGAUCCUUAUCAUUCUUUUCUUGUGCUAUCAUUUGUUGAAGAGACGAGAGUACUUUCCGUUGGUCUAAGCUUCACUGAUGUGACUGAUUCAGUUGGUUUUCAGCCCGAUGUCUGUACUUUGGCAUGCGGUCUCGUGGCUGAUGGUGUGAUGAUCCAGAUUCACCAAUGUGGAAUUAGACUCUGCGUGCCUGUUAGAGCUGUGCAUCCAGAAGGUGUUCCUUUGUCAUCUCCAGUAUGCACGUCAUGGUUCCCUGAUAAUAUGACUCUAAGUCUUGGAGCGGUUGGAUGCAAUUUGAUUGUUGUAGCCACUUCCAGUCCGUACUUAUUAUUUGUUCUUGGUGUUAGAUCUUUAUCAGCUUAUCAUUAUGAAAUAUAUCAGAUGCAGUGCAUAAGAUUGCAAAAUGAGUUGUCUUGUAUUUCCAUACCUCAAAAGUGCCCGAAGCACUCUCUGAUGAAUUAUGCAGAUAACAAGCCUGUGGCCGUACCAACUGAAAUUAACAUCGAUAAUAUAUUCGUUAUUGGUACCCAUAAGCCUUCAGUAGAAGUCAUAUCCUUUGUACCUGAUAAGGGCCUGAAAGUUCUUGCUACGGGAAUCAUUUCAUUAACCAACACUGUGGGAACUGCUAUUAGUGGCUGUAUUCCUCAAGACGUGAGGCUUGUCUUAGUUGAUCGGCUGUAUGUUCUUUCUGGAUUAAGGAACGGGAUGCUACUUAGGUUCGAGUGGCCUGUUGAAUCUGCAGUUUCCUCUACAAAGUUACCCAGUCAUCAAAAUUUUGUUGAUUCGUGCUUGGUAAAUUCCCAUGCCUCGUUGAAACCCAUGUCUCCAAACUACGGAAUCCCACUAAUUUUUACAUCCAAUUCAUCUGGGAUGGCUAAGGGAGACUUUCCAGUUAGUCUUGAGCUUAUUGCAGUGCGCCGUAUCGGUAUCACACCUGUUUUCUUGGUUCCAUUGAGUGAUUCCCUUGAUGCUGAUAUGAUUGCUCUCAGUGAUAGACCUUGGUUAUUGCAGACUGCUAGGCACAGUCUAUCCUAUACAUCAAUUUCCUUUCAACCUUCCACUCAUCUCACUCCUGUGUCCUCAAUUGAAUGCCCCAGAGGAGUUCUAUUUGUUGCAGAGAACAGUCUUCAUUUGGUGGAAAUGGUGCCAAGUAAGAGGCUCAAUGUGCAAAAGUUUCCUCUUGGUGGCACUCCAAGGAAAGUUUUAUAUCAUAGUGAAAGCAGGUUGUUGAUUGUCAUGAGGACUGAAUUAGACAAUGAAUGUUCAUCCGAUGUUUGUUGUAUAGAUCCUUUGAGUGGGUCAGUGUUGUCAUCUUUCAAAUUUGAACCUGGAGAGAUUGGAAAAUGCAUGGAGUUAGUAAAGGUUGGAGAUGAAUGUGUUUUGGUGAUUGGAACUAGCCAAUCAGCUGGUCCAGCUAUAAUGCCCAGUGGAGAAGCUGAGAGCACGAAAGGCCGUUUGCUGGUUCUUUGCCUUGAACAUAUGCGAAAUUCAGAGAGCAGUGCCAUCAUGCUGUAUUCAAAGGCUGGUUCAUCUUCACAAUGGAGUUCACCUUUUUGUGACGUUGGUGGUUAUGCAGCCGAACAACUCUCUAGCAGUAGUGUCUGCAGCAGCCCAGAUGAUAAUAGCUCUGAUGGGAUCAAGCUUGAAGAAACUGAAUCAUGGCACUUGCGAUUGGCUUAUUCAACCAUCUGGCCAGGGAUGGUUCUUGCUCUCUGUCCUUACCUUGGUCGUUAUUUCCUGGCCUCUGCUGGUAACUCUUUUUAUGUUUGCGGUUUUUCAAAUGAUAACUCCCAUCGCGUGAGAAGAUUAGCUGUUGGAAGAACACGUUUCAUGAUCAUGACCUUGACUGCAUAUUUCACCAGGAUAGCUGUUGGUGAUUGCCGUGAUGGUGUUCUUUUCUAUUCAUAUCAUGAGGAUGCCAGAAAACUGGAGCAAGUUUAUUGUGAUCCUGUCCAGAGGCUAGUUGCUGAUUGUGUUCUUAUGGAUGUUAAUACUGCCGUUGUUUCAGAUCGGAAGGGGAGUAUUGCUGUCUUGUCAUGUGCCAAUUAUUUAGAAGCUUAUGCAGCUUCUGUUGCACCGUCUGGGGUGCUGAAAUCCAACUCUGAAUGGCAAAGAUAAUGCAAGUCCGGAGAGAAAUUUGACAUUGAGUUGUUCAUAUUAUAUGGGAGACAUUGCCAUGCGCAUAAAGAAGG